AUGGCAGACCUGGGCUGCAAAAAACCCAGCGACUGCACCGUCUCCAGGCUCCUCAGCGUAGUGGAGAGUGAACUCCGGGCUGGGAGAGACAAAGGCGACCCCACGGAGAAGCAGCUCCAGGUUGUCUUGGAGGAUGCGACGCUCUGGCAGAGAUUCAGGGAAGUCACUAAUGAGAUGAUCGUGACCAAGAAUGGCAGGCGGAUGUUCCCUGUUUUGAAGAUCAGCGUGUCGGGCUUGGAUCCAAAUGCCAUGUACUCCUUCCUGCUGGACUUCGCUCCGACUGAUGGCCACCGCUGGAAGUACGUCAAUGGAGAAUGGGUGCCAGCAGGGAAACCAGAGCCACCGAACCACAGCUGUGUCUACAUCCACCCAGACUCCCCCAACUUUGGGGCCCACUGGAUGAAAGCUGCCAUUUCCUUCAGCAAAGUCAAACUUACCAACAAGCUCAAUGGGAGUGGGCAGAUAAUGCUGAACUCGCUGCACAAAUACGAGCCCCAGGUGCACAUAGUUCGCGUAGGAGGCCCCCACCGGAUGGUGAUGAACUGCUCCUUCCCUGAGACCCAGUUCAUAGCGGUGACUGCCUACCAGAAUGAGGAGAUAACAGCUCUCAAAAUCAAGUAUAAUCCCUUUGCCAAAGCCUUCCUGGAUGCAAAGGAAAGAAACCAUUCUAAGGAUGCUCCAGAGACAGUCUCUGAAAGUCAACAUAUGGCAUAUUCUCACUCUCCGCAGGCUCCCCACAGCUGCGAGAGAUACUCAGCCCUGCGAGGCCAUCGCCCUGCUCCAUACCCACCCUCCUACAUGCAGAGGAAUCACUCCCCUACAGUUAACUUGUUGGAGAGCUCCAGCAAUAAUCUUCAGGUAUUCUCAGGACAUGACAGCUGGACUUUGCCAUCAUCUCCACACACUAACUUGCUCUCAGUGCCACACACAAAGGGAGGUGCCAGCCCUGGACCCAGCCACUACCCUUGCCUGUGGACAGUGAGCAACAGUGCUGUAAGUGCUGCCAACACGGGAAGUGAGGUGAACAGCAGCCCUCCAAGCGUGUUUUUAAGGGGUAAUGUCCCCUUACCUGCUGCAUCAUCGGUGCAAAUCCCCCUGCAGGGAAUGGUGUCUGGCAGCAUGGAAGCACAAGGGGAAGGUGCUCUCACCAGACUGUCCGACUCCACGUGGACAUCCUCACACUCCUUUUAA